UUAUGUAAGUGUUAUAGUUAGAGUAAUUAUCUUAUAAUGUUAAAUUGUUUUUAUUUCUUAUUAUGUUUAUUGAUUUUCCUCUCAAUUUCAUUAUUAGAAACAAGACAAAAUAAAUCUUCUGAAAUCAAAAUAAUUAAAAAAAUUCUUAGAAAUGUCUAUUGGAAUAGUUUUAAUGAGGUGGAAUAUGUUAAAUAUUGUAAUAAAUAUUAUUACCUAAUAGAUAUGUUUGGAAACAGUAAACUAAAGGUAAAAAAUGUGGAUAAACGUAUACGAAUCGCAACGAUAUUUCUUGAUUGUGCUACUGCAAAUUUUUUAUAUACUAUUCUCAAUUUUAUUGAAUAUUUCAGAAAUCAAUGUGUAAAUAUUUUGAAACAAGAUUCAAGUAAAGUACACGCUUGCGUUCUUGAUUUAUUAAACAUUUUACCUUUCGUUAAGCGUAUGUUAUCAAUAAUGAAUAGUGCUAUAGAUUAUCUAGAGAGUUUUAUUAGUUUACAAUGGAUAGAGAAUAUAAAGUAUAAUUGUAAUUUAAAAUAUGUAAUUGACUUUAUAGAAGCUUUUUACAAGUCAAAAGAUAAUUUAAAUAUCAGUUUGUGUACACACGAUAACUUUAGUAGCAAUAAAUUAGUAGCUCUUGUGAAUUUUCAUAAUAAUGUAAAAGGAAUUUUAGAUUUUAAUGCUGAAAAGUAUUGCAGUUUGAAAUUGGAUAAUCCGUAUGUAGAAUGGAACAAAUGGAUUAAUAAAUAUAAUUGUGGUAAUCCUAAAACAAAUUCUGAUUUACCUAAACAUCUCAGUAAACAAAUAUAUGAAAAAAUAGAAAAUUUUAUUCUGGAAAAAUAUUUGAAAUUUGGAUUUCAAUAUGACUCUGAAACUGGCAAAACAUAUUUAUCAGAAACACGUGACAAAGUUGAAAAUGAAGAAAAUUUUCAACCAGUGAUACUUGAAAGUAUGGAAAAAGUGUAUAAUGAAAAUUAUUGUCCAAUUCUUAACGAGAGUAUGAAAGAAGGUAUAUAUCAAAACAAAUUUCAUAUACACCUACAAGACUUUCGAAAUACUGAUACAAAAUAUAUUGAAAAUGAAGAAAAUUUUCAACCAGUGAUACUUGAAAGUAUGGAAAGAGUUGAAAAUGAAGAAAAUUUUCAACCAGUGAUACUUGAAAGUAUGGAAAAAGUGAAUAAUGAAAAUUAUUGUCCAAUUCUUAACGAGAAUAUGAAAGAAGGAUCAAACACGAAAUCCAACGCUGAAGAUUCUGAAAAAUGUACACUAAUCAGAUAUCCUGAUCAUUUACGUCCAUUUAAUAGAUACCUUCAUUAAUUGUUCCUUGUAUAUAUACUAAAAAUUCACAACUUCAAUUUCGAUAGAACAUAUUCAAAAUAAUUACCAAAAAUCUCUCAGUGGACCUAAUAUUAUCAACGAUACGUCAAAAGAUUAUAAAUCAAAAUAUUGAAGACAUUAUCCUCAAAAAUUAAAAAUUUUUCCCUCGUUCCCCGUAAAUAGUGAAAAUUACUCAAAAAAUUACGAUUUUUAAAAUUGAUUUUAAAAAUCAACUUUUUUUUUUCUAAAAAUUGUAAUAAAAUUUUAUAAAAUUAACGAAUUAAAAUAAUUUUUUAUAUUGAAAUUUUAGGUAUUUCCCUUUCAUUUAAUAUAAAUUUUAUUAUAAUCUGACCCUAUACCGACCCAUAGAGGGGAUUCAUAAUAGCAACUUUUCCAACUUAAAUUUUGAAAAUGUUCCGGAAAUACUGCGUUCUUGAAACAUAUGUUAAAUUAAAGCUUAUGUUACGUACUAUAAAUUAAAAAAGCCCCGACGACUUGUGUUCUACGUGCAAAUUACUGCCAAAGUAAAAAAAAACAUAAUAUUAUUUUUGUGUUCAAAUUUUUUUUUAUUUUGUUUAUUUUAAAAUACUUUACAAGGGUUUGGCGUAGUAAUGAUUUCACCAAUUUGUAUAAUGUUCACAUGAAUCUAACUAACAUUAAAUAUAAAUUUAUACUUAUUUUGAUUAUUUUGUCUCCUCAAAGUUAAGAAAAGUCAUUUUGAAUUUUGAUUUGUUUAAAUAGUUUAUUUUUAUUUUAGUUGACACAUAAUAUACGAUGGCUACGUCGUAAAUUUUACAGUUAUAUGUUCGAUGUAUGACAUUUGAACCUCGCUAGUCGAUAUAUCUUUUUUUGCAUUUUUUCUUAAUUCUUUUUUGAGGUGAAAAAAAAAUUCUAAGUUUGUUUAAUUUUUAUCUUAUUUAAAUUGAAUAACUUUAAUAAAUAUUAAGGAUCU